AUGAAGCACCAAUACGCAGUCUUUGUCGCCGUGGUAGCUGCUGCCAUCGGCUUUGCUAAUGCAGUCCCCAUCAAGUGAGUGCUCAGUGCCAUGUGUUCUAGACGCGUCGACGUGCAAGCUCACAACGAACCUCCAUGGCGCUAUUCCUGCCAGCAUGGCCAACGGAGUGCAGAUUGGCGAGCGCGACAGCUCACAGGCGAUGAGCGAUCUGGCGGCUCGCGGCUUCGACUUUGAAAGCUUCUUCAAUGGCAACAAUCAGAAGGUGGAAAUCUCUGGCUCGAGCACCAAGUAUGGCCACAACUCGCACUCGUCGACCUCGACUUCCACGUCGUCCACUUCAACUUCUACCUCAGCCACAUCCACAUCGACCAGCUCAUCUGCCAAGUCCACCUCGACCAAAGCGGCUGACAAGAAGAAGGCUGACGAGGAUGAGAAGAAGAAGAAGGACGAGGCAAAGAAGAAUGUCGACAAGAUGGACAGCGUAGACAAGGAAGCUUACUGGAGAAAGUUCAUCCACACGCUCCUCUCCGACGAGCCCAUCGACAAGAAGGGCAAGGCACUUGAAGACAUCAUUGACGAUAUCAAGAAGGGCACCAAGCUGCCAGACACUGAUGAGGACAAGAAGCACGCCAAGGACAGCGAGUCGAAGAAGAAGGACGACAAGAAGAAGAAAGACGAGGACAAGAAGAAGGAGGAGGACGACAAGAAGAAGAAGAAGGAGGACGACAAGAAGGAUACGGACAAGCGAUCUCUCCACUCCGAGGCUCGUUCUCCCGUCAAAUGGUCCCAUCCUCUCGCGCGAGAAAUCGCUGAGGACUCUGGUCUCCGCGCUCGAGCCGAACAGAUCUUCAGCGUCGCAGCUCGUGACGAAACCGAGGACGCUUCCAAGAAAGCCGCCGCCGCAGUCAUCAACGCGGUUGCCGCUGCAUUUGGCCCUGAUGCUACGAAGCCGAAGCGCGACGUCUCUGAUCCGAUGAUCGAGCCGCUUGGACACCGUUUCGACCGCCGCGCAGCCGGUGAAGGCGCUCCUCCAUCCGCGAGAUCCCUCAACGCUCGUCGUGCGCCUGCAUACAAGCCAGUCACCAUGUUCUCUCGUGACGACAGCGAUGACGACGACAAGUCGAACGUUACCUGGGUCCGACCAAACAAGUGGGGUAUCAAGCCCCUCUUUGGCGACAACCACACCUCCUUGUCAGAUCGUCUGAAAGCUGCAAAGGACAACUUCUUCAACGCAAUCAAGGGAGAUGACAAGAAGAACGGGGCUGCUGCUGCUCAUGCACCCGCUGUCCUCAUCACUGCAUCCUUCGCUGCUGCAUCUGCCGCGGGAGUGUUCCUGCUCGCGUAG